AUGAAUGAGAACCCCAAGAUCUUGCCCAAUGUCACUCUUGGAUUCCACAUCUAUGAUAGCUAUUCUGAUUCAAAGAUGGCCUACCGAACCACUCUGGAUCUGCUCUUUAAAUCACAUCACUUUGUCCCCAACUAUAAAUGUGGCAUUCAGAAAAAUGUAGUAGGAGUCAUUGGGGGACUUAGCUCUGAAACCUCCUCAUCCAUGGCAGAUGUCUUCGGUCUUUACAAGAUUCCACAGAUUUCAUAUGGUUCAUUUGAACCAGCCACAAAUGAUCAAAUCAAACGUGGUUUCUUCUACCGCAUGGUCCCCAAUGAAGAUCUUCAGUACAAGGGAAUCAUCCAGUUACUUCUGCUUUUCGGAUGGAAAUGGGUCGGGCUCAUAACUCCAAAUAAUGAAGCUGGAGAACAUUUCUUGCAGAUCAUUGAACCAAUGCUUUACCAGACUGGAAUCUGUUCAGAAUUCACCGAUAAAAAUGAAGAACUUCCACAUUUCACUGGUAACAUACUGGAUAUGCUGGAUGACACAGGGAUUUUGACCCCAGCUUUCAUAUCAAGCAAAGCAAAUGUGGUUGUUAUAUAUGGAGAAUCUAUUUUUUGGGUAACUAUUGCUAUAGAGGCAAGGAAUAUGAUUCAGCUGCUAUUGCCUCCAUCUAAGAGGAAGCAACAUGUAGGAAAAGUCCACUCAUUGCUACAAAGGAUCUCAUUCAACAACAGUGCUGGGGAUGAAAUCACAUUGAAUGAACAUGGAGAAAUAGCAGCUGGCUUUGAUAUUAUAAACCUGGUCACUUUCCCAAAUAAUUCCUAUGUCAGGGUCAAAGUCGGAAAGCUGGAUCCUCAGGCCCCUCCUGGCAAAGAACUCAUCAUUAAUGGGAACGGAAUCCAAUGGCACAGAGUCUUCACUCAGGUGCCACCCCUUUCAUUAUGUAAUGCCAACUGCCUUCCUGGUUAUGAGAAGAAAAAGAAGGAGGGGAAGAAGUUCUGUUGUUAUGAUUGUGAUCCAUGUCCUCGUGGGAUGUUCUCAAAUGAGAAGGGAUUGGAAACCUGUGCCAGAUGUCCUCCAGAGCAAUAUCCAAAUGAAGAGCAGAAUCAGUGCAUUCCCAAGAAACCACACGUCUUAGGCUUUGGGGAAACUUUGGCCAUUGUUUCAACUUUCUCUGCGCUUUUAUUCUCUCUUAUCACAGCUAUGGUACUUGGCAUUUUCAUUAAGCACCGGGACACUGCCAUCGUCAAGGCCAACAACAGAAGCCUCACUUACAUUCUCCUCAUCUCCCUCCUCUUGUGUUUCCUCUGCUCCUUGAUGUUCAUUGGAAUGCCUAAUAAGGCAACCUGCCCACUCCGACAAACGGCUUUUGGCAUUGUCUUCUCUGUGGCCCUCUCCAGCAUCUUGGCCAAGACUAUUUCAGUGGUUUUGGCAUUCAUGGCUACCAAGCCAGAUUCCACAAUCAGGAAGUGGGUAGGCAAAAAACUGGCCUAUUCCAUUGUCCUUUCCUGCUCUGUGAUUCAAGUAGGAAUCUGUGCCUCCUGGUUGGCAACCUCUGCCCCAUUCCCAGAUGUGGACAUGCACUCAAUGACUGAAGAAAUUAUAUUCUUAUGUAAUGAAGGGUCAGUUCUCAUGUUCUAUUGCGUUUUAGGCUACAUGGGCUUCCUGGCCAUUAUCAGCUUCACUGUGGCCUUCUUAGCCAGGAAGCUGCCUGACAGCUUCAAUGAAGCCAAGUUCAUCACCUUCAGCAUGCUGGUCUUCUGCAGUGUUUGGUUCUCCUUUAUUCCCACAUACUUGAGCACCAGAGGAAAAUACAUGGUGGCUGUGGAGAUCUUCUCCAUCUUGGCUUCCAGUGCUGGGCUGCUGGGUUGCAUCUUUUCCCCUAAAUGCUACAUUAUUGUGGUGAGGCCUGAGCUGAAUAACAGAGAGCAGCUGACACGGCGAAAGACGUAA